AUGUCACAAAACCUUGCUGGGACCGAAUACACCAUCUAUCGUUCCGGCGAUGGCAACGGCGGCUUCACUCCAACGUUGGUCAAGAUACCCAAUCUCGGUCCCCAUGAUAUCCUGGUGCGCAUCACACACAGUGGUGUCUGCCAUACAGACAUCGUGUUCUGUCAGAUGGGAGCUCCGAUAGCCCUCGGUCAUGAAGGUGUCGGUAUCGUUGAAGCAGUUGGAUCUCUCGUCACCCAAUUUAAGAUUGGUGAUCGUGCUGGUGGUGGCUUCCAUCGAGACGCAUGUGGUCACUGCAAGUAUUGCUUAUCUGGCAAAGAUAUCCAUUGCUACAAUCGUGUCAUCUUCGGCGAAGGAGACUUCGACAAUGGUACCUUUGGCUCUUACUACCUCGGCAAGGAGACCUUCCUACACAGGAUUCCCUAUGGUCUUGCUAGUGAGCACGCCGCUCCUCUUCAAUGUGCCGGUGCGACUGUCUACGCUGCCUUGAAGGCUACCGUCACCCCAGAGAAGAGGGUCGGUAUUCUGGGUAUCGGUGGAUUGGGGCAUCUGGCCAUCCAAUAUGCAAACAAAAUGGGUGCGGAUGUUGUCAUCUACAGUACAAGCGCCAGCAAGGAAGCUGAGGCGCGAGAGCUCGGUGCCCAGGAGUUUCACUUGACCGAGAAAAUGUUCGACGAGGUCAAGCAACCAAUUGAUGUUCUGGUAGUCUGUGGGACCAAGUACCCUGACUGGGACCGAGUCAUGACAAAAGAAUUCUUGGGUAGGGAUGGAGUCAUCGUUCCAUUAGCUGCACCUGUCAAUGGGCCAUUGAGCCUACCUGCUGGAGCCAUGUUCUUCCAGAGCUACCAUGUCUUUUCAAGCCUAGUCGGCUCCCGCAAUGUUCAUGAUGAAAUGCUCGAAUUCUCAAGCCGUCAUGGUAUUAAGCCUAUGGUUCAAAUCUUCAAGCAUGAGGGGGCUGAGAGUAUCAAGAAGGUUUUUGAGUUGGUUGAACAGAACAAGAUGCGGUAUAGAGCUGUGCUGGAGAUGUAG